AUGACCGGACGUGGUAAUGAUCAAGAUUCAGUUCAAACUUCUGAUACUGACGAUGAAAAUAACCUACUAAUUACUGAAAGUAGUGGAGCCCAACAAUCACGCAAACACUCUGAGAAUAAUAACAAAAGAGUAUCUUCUGCUGGACUUAUUAAUUCAUCAAUUACACCUAGAAUUAUAGAAGAACAAAUAGAUAAAGUAUAUGAUCGCUUAUUUUCUCAUUUGAAAUCAAAAGUUCAGCAAGCAAAAUCAGUUAUACUUUCGAUUAGUGUGACUAUUGAUGAUGAUUAUGAAUCAUAUAUAAUAAUCACUUAUGAUUGGUUAACCGAGGAUUUUGAAUUUUAUAGACUCUUUAUGCAUGUGAAGAAUUGGCCUUUUGGAUGUUAUACAUUUGUUGACGAUAUUAACGAGGCUUUAAUUAGUUGGGAAUUAACCAAUUUGAAGUUUAUUACCUGCAAUUCAAUAGAUUUCGAUUAUUUUGACGAUUUUUAUAGCAACUUAGAAGAUGAGAUCGAAAAUAUUAUUAUAUGUGUAAUCGGGGAUAGUGGUAAUGGUUUAAUAAUGCAUAGUUUAAAAAGAUGGGCAAAAAAUGCACAGGAAAUAUCUAACCAAGGAAUAUCUGACAUUAUCACUGCCGUUUUGAAUGCUACUAAAUACCUUAGUUCAGUAGUAGAGUUUUUAAAGGAUAAAAGAACUCUAAGAGCAAUGCAG